UUAUAUAUAAAAAAAAAGUGACGAAUUCGAGUGAAAGUCGCAUUGGCACCACCUGGCGAUCGCCGAGUGCUAGCUGCAAUUGCAAAACGCUCUGACAAGGCUCCAAACGGCUCUUCCUCCACGCGCCACGCCCACGGUCACCCAACCAGCAAUCUUCAUUUCUCCUUCUUUAUAUCCAAUAAAAAACGCCGCGUUUGCUCUACGCAUGGAAAUCCGAAGUCCCCGAGAAAUCUGAUCCCGCUUUUCUCUGAUUUAGCGUUUCGUUUUCAUCAAGUUUAAAUAUCUAAGAAGAUCUUUCCAGAACAAGACGAGGCUCCUCCCAAGUGGUUUGCGUUUUUUUUAAAGUUUUGGUGAUCACAUGAGUUCGGGAGAUUUAUAGCUAAAAAGGAAGGAAGGAAGGAAAGAAAAAGGAAAAGAAAAGAAAAACGAGGAGGAGUAAAUUAUUGGAGUGGGAAUAAAGUGCUUUUAGUCGACAUGGUUACUGGAAAUAUAUUUCAUUGUAGAAAGAAUUCGUGGCCGCCUGAGGAAUAUAUCAGCCGUAAUACUUUACAGUUGUUUGAUUUUGAUAGUGCUGCCCCACCAAAACAAGCUUGGAGAAGGAGAUUAAACAGCCAUGCUAAUAUUCUUAAAGAGUUCAGUGUUACAUUUGUGGAAGCGAUAAAGAUGGUGCGAUUAGGUAUACGCUUGUGGUCCUAUAUCAGGGAAGAGGCUUCGCAUGGAAGGAAAGCACCUAUUGACCCUUUCACCCGAGAAAGGUGCAAGCCUUCUGCAUCACAAGGAGUUCCACUGGGAGGAAUGGGGAGUGGCAGUAUAUCCAGGGGUUUCAGAGGCGAGUUCAGGCAAUGGCAAAUUGUUCCUGGAACUUGUGAUGCUUCACCUGUUAUGGCUAAUCAAUUUUCUAUAUUUAUAUCUCGUGAUGGUGGGAAUAAGAAGUAUGCAUCAGUUUUGGCUCCAGGACAGCAUGAAGGAUUAGGGAAAGCUAGUGAUGAGGGUAUUUCAUCAUGGGGUUGGAAUCUGAGUGGCCAGCAUUCCACAUACCAUGCUUUGUUUCCAAGAGCAUGGACAAUAUAUGAUGGUGAACCAGAUCCUGACCUUAAAGUGUCCUGUCGACAGAUAUCACCUUUUAUACCACAUAAUUAUAGGGAUAGCAGUCUUCCAACGGCUGUUUUUGUCUACACAUUGGUAAAUACUGGAAAAGAAAGGGCAAAAGUCAGCCUACUUUUCACAUGGGCAAAUUCAAUUGGUGGAAUUUCACACUUAUCAGGAGAUCAUGUGAAUGAACCAUUUAUAGGCGAAGAUGGAGUUUCUGGUGUACUUCUUCAUCACAAGACCACUAAAGGGAACCCUCCUGUUACUUUCGCAGUAGCUGCAUGUGAAACCCAGAAUGUCAAUGUGACAGUUCUGCCAUGUUUUGGUCUGACUGAAGAAAGCUCUGUAACAGCAAAGGAGAUGUGGGGUAAAAUGAUGCAGGAUGGACAAUUUGAUCGUGAAAAUUUUAAUUGUGGCCCAAGCAUGCCUUCAUCACCUGGAGAGACACUUUGUGCAGCAGUCUCAGCCUCUGCCUGGGUGGAACCACAUGGAAAGUGCACCAUUGCAUUUGCUCUUGCUUGGUCUUCUCCAAAAAUAAAAUUUUUGAAAGGGAACUCCUACCAUAGGAGAUACACUAAAUUCUACGGCACAUCUGAAAGAGCAGCUCUGAAGUUGGUUCAUGAUGCACUGACAAAUUACAAGCGGUGGGAAGAGGAGAUUGAGAAAUGGCAAAGUCCUAUCCUGAAGGAUGAAAGGCUGCCAGAAUGGUACAAAUUCACACUGUUUAAUGAGCUCUACUUUUUGGUUGCUGGUGGAACAGUUUGGAUUGAUUCUUCUUUGCCAUCUAUAAAUGUGAACAGUGAUCAAGAUCCACCGACAAAAGUAGAGAGCAUGGAUGUAAAAGUAACUAAAGAUGAAGUGAACUGCACGCAUAAUACUGUUUUUGAACAUACUAGUACCAGUGGUUGUAAUGGUUCUACUGGCAUUGGGUUAAAAAAUAAUGGUGAUUCAGCUAUUUCUCAGAACAAAAGAAGCAGCAACUACUUCCCGCAUCACUUGAAAUCGCAGGAUCAACAAGAUGACAGUGAUGAUGUUGGUAGGUUUUUGUACUUGGAAGGAGUUGAAUAUAUCAUGUGGUGCACUUAUGAUGUACACUUCUAUGCAUCGUUUGCCCUUCUUGAGCUUUUUCCCAAAAUUGAACUCAAUAUUCAGCGUGACUUUGCCAAAGCUGUUUUAUCUGAGGAUGGAAGAAAAGUGAAGUUUCUAGCAGAGGGUAAUUACGGAAUUCGCAAGGUUAGAGGAGCUGUUCCUCAUGAUCUAGGGACUCAUGAUCCUUGGAAUGAAAUGAAUGCCUAUAACAUACAUGAUACAAGCAAAUGGAAGGAUCUAAACCCCAAGUUUGUGCUUCAAGUGUACAGAGAUUUUGCUGCCACUGGAGAUAUGGCAUUUGGUGUUGAUGUUUGGCCUGCUGUUCGUGCUGCAAUGGAAUAUAUGGAACAAUUUGAUAGAGACGAUGAUGGCCUCAUUGAAAAUGAUGGAUUUCCAGAUCAAACAUAUGAUACUUGGACUGUUCACGGUGUAAGUGCUUACUGCGGUUGCUUGUGGCUUGCUGCGCUCCAAGCUGCUGCUGCAAUGGCCCUGCAGGUAGGUGACAAGUUCUUUGCUGAAACAUGCAAAAGCAAGUUUUUUGGCGCAAAAUCAGCGUUUGAAAAAAAACUGUGGAAUGGUUCCUAUUUCAACUACGACAGUGGGUCAAGUAGUAAUAGUAAGUCGAUACAAGCAGACCAACUGGCAGGGCAAUGGUACACAGCGUCUUCAGGCUUGCCUCCACUUUUUGAUGAGUUCAAGACAAGGAGUGCUCUUCAGAAAAUAUAUGAUUUCAAUGUAAUGAAAGUUAAAGGAGGCAGGAUGGGUGCUGUAAAUGGGAUGCAUCCCAACGGAAAGGUGGAUGAGUCUUGCAUGCAGUCACGUGAAAUAUGGACAGGUGUUACCUAUGCUGUGGCGGCUAAUAUGAUUCUUGCUGGAAUGGAGGAAGAGGCAUUCACUGCAGCUGAAGGUAUUUUCAUUGCAGGCUGGUCAGAAGAGGGCUAUGGAUACUGGUUCCAGACUCCAGAAGGAUGGACAAUUGAUGGGCACUUCCGAUCUCUUAUGUACAUGAGGCCUCUUGCAAUAUGGAGUAUGCAAUGGGCACUGUCUAUACCUAAAGCAAUUCUUGACGCCCCAAAGGUAAAUAUGAUGGACAGAAUCCUCAUUUCUCCUGCAACAUUUUCCUUGACUCUCACCGAAACAGGAGUUAGAAAAAUUGCAAAUAAAGCAAAGUGCUUUGGAAAUUCUGUAUUGCAAUGUACAUGCUAAUCAUCAUAUUCAUGUAUAUGUAAAAAAAAAAUGUUCAUUAAGUCAUUUCCUUUAACCCUUUCCCAUAGAAUCCAAAGCUGGGGCAGGUUCAAGGAAUCUCUAUCUAUUACGGGUCAGGGAAUAAAGAGUUGGGCUGCAACAAAAAAGCAGUCAUAGACAGAGUCAAUUCUUUGCAGCACAUUCUUCUUAUUAAGAAAAUGUGAAUUUCUUUUUUCCAUAUUAGCAAAAAAUCAUUGACAUUGCUGGAAAUGCUAAGCGGAUUUGAGCACAUUAGGCAACAAUCUGUAACAACUGGAGGAGUACAGAGAACCCAAAUUCACAAGGAGUUUGAAUUUCCUUUGUUUGUUUACAUGUCAUUUGUUGCUUUUAAGUUAUUAGUAUUAUUGAUUUGAACUUCCCUGAAUUACCUGACUUCCCGGAGGCUCAUUUCUGGUGGAAGUUAUUUUUGUGAAACGAAUAAAACCUGGAAAUCAAAUCGAGACA